AUGGCCACUGACGACAUCGCUGUUGACAUUGACGACAAUAUCAACAAUCCCAACAUUGGAACUAACGCGGACUACACUGAUCCAGGCCCACUCGCACUGAGAAUCCCAGAGAUCCUCGACCACAUUAUAAAAUACCUCCCUACCAGGAACCUGUAUGAAUUCCAGCUGGUCAGCAAACUGUGGCGUCAAACCGCCCUUGGCCAUCGUACCGCAUACGGGGCCUUCGUGGACUGCAUGAAGGAACUAUACGCCUCACGACCUCGACAUAAAAACAUCUAUAUGCUCAACACCUAUGUUCUCCAAUACUCGGCUAAUGACACCUACGCCCACUCUCGACCAAAUGCCACCCAAUUUGUCUUCUCAUGCCAAACCGGCUCUGGCAGCGGCGAUAGAAGCUAUAGCAACCACGAUCACCCCCACAAGAAACAUUGCAACAGACACGGAGAUGGGGCUUUGACCUCGCAGAGUGGCUACUCUACCUCCGAAAUCAUCAAGAAUUUCCAUUUCAGACGACGAUACUCGGACUCGGACUUGACCUCAUCCACAUCGAGAAUCGCACCGGACGUAUGCCCGCCACCUCCAGUGCACCCUUACUCGCCCUACCAGAUCGUGCCUUCCGACCAGCACGAGUCCAUUAACCGCUUGAUGGAGGCGCAUUCGAUCAGUGGGCCUAGCUCAGCGGAUUUCAGCGGCUUCGGCUACGAGACCGGUUCCAUGGACUUUGGUCAAUCGUCGACUCAUGCCUCCAGCCUGAGAGUCGUGCCCUGUCCCUUCGAGACCCUUUCGGACGGCUCACUGUCGAACGACGAUGGCUCUCCAUCUAACGAAUCUCCGAGCGCGAGCACGGCUCUGCAUGGGGGACCCGAGUGCGAAUUUGAGGAGACAAGUGCAGCAAUGGAAUGGGCCAAAGAGGAGAAGCAUAAAUAUGUGGAGUUUAAGAGAGGCACCAAGCGUUCACGCGACAGCAAGUCCUCUCGCAACUGGAGCGUGUCGGUGCAGACGUAUUUCUCUCAGCGGGCGGCUCUGAACGCGAUGAUCAAGGCAUGCAAGGACUACAUGCAUCAAAAGGAGGAUGAGAUGGUCUCGGUCCUGGAGAAAGGGGAUGCCCUCCGGAUUGUCUGGAAUGAAUCGACGAGGCAGGAGUACGUCUGGGAGGUCGUUGUAACAGACAUGGACAGGGCGGAUCCGGGCGAUUAUGUGGAGGAGGAUUAUGUGCCGAAGAGCGGUUAA